GAGACGGGUGCGUCAAGGAGACGGGUGCGUCAAGGAGACGGGUGCGUCAAGGAGACGGGUGCGUCAAGGAGACGGGUUGCGUCAAGGAGACGGGUGCGUCAAGGAGACGGUGCGUCAAGGAGACGGAUAAGUCAAGGAGGUGGGUGCGUCAAGGAGACGGAUAAGUCAAGGAGACGAGUGCGUCAAGGAGACGGGUGCGUCAAGGAGACGAGUGCGUCAAGGAGACGGGUGCGUCAAGGAGACGAGUGCGUCAAGGAGACGAGUGCGUCAAGGAGACGAGUGCGUCAAGGAGACGGGUGCGUCAAGGAGACGGGUGCAUCAAGGAGACGGGUGCGUCAAGGAGACGGGUGCGUCAGGAGACGGGUGCGUCAAGGAGACGGGUGCGUCAAGGAGACGGGUGCGUCAAGGAGACGGGUGCGUCAAGGAGACGUGUGCGUCAAGGAGACGGGUGCGUCAAGGAGACGGAUAAGUCAAGGAGACGAGUGCGUCAAGGAGACGGGUGCGUCAAGGAGACGGGUGCGUCAAGGAGACGGGUGCGUCAAGGAGACGGGUGCGUCAAGGAGACGGAUAAGUCAAGGAGGUGGGUGCGUCAAGGAGACGAGUGCGUCAAGGAGACGAGUGCGUCAAGGAGACGAGUGCGUCAAGGAGGCGAGUGCGUCAAGGAGACGGGUGCGUCAAGGAGGCGAGUGCGUCAAGGAGACGGGUGCGUCAAGGAGACGGGUGCGUCAAGGAGAAGGGUGCGUCAAGGAGACGAGUGCGUCAAGGAGACGAGUGCGUCAAGGAGACGAGUGCGUCAAGGAGGCGAGUGCGUCAAGGAGACGGGUGCGUCAAGGAGACGGGUGCGUCAAGGAGACGGGUGCGUCAAGGAGACGAGUGUGUCAAGGAGACGAGUGCGUCAAGGAGACGAGUGCGUCAAGGAGACGGGUGCGUCAAGGAGACGGGUGCGUCAAGGAGACGGGUGCGUCAAGGAGACGAGUGCGUCAAGGAGACGAGUGCGUCAAGGAGACGAGUGCGUCAAAGGAGACGGGUGCGUCAAGGAGACGGGUGCAUCAAGGAGACGGGUGCGUCAAGGAGACGAGUGCGUCAAGGAGACGGGUGCGUCAAGGAGACGGGUGCGUCAAGGAGACGGGUGCGUCAAGGAGACGAGUGCGUCAAGGAGACGGGUGCGUCAAGGAGACGGGUGCGUCAAGGAGACGGGUGCGUCAAGGAGACGGGUGCGUCAAGGAGACGGAUAAGUCAAGGAGACGGGUGCGUCAAGGAGACGGGUGCGUCAAGGAGACGUGUGUGUCAAGGAGACGUGCGCGUCAAGGAGACGUGUGCGUCAAGGAGAGGGGUGAUGGAUAG